CAAAAACUUUGUUUCUCUUUUACUUUUUUAAUAUAUAUCAUGGGUGUUCAAGGACUUUGGUCACUUGUUGGUCCAGUUGCUCGACCAACACAACUAGAAUCCCUUCGAAGAAAAAGAGUCGCAGUGGAUGCCUCCAUAUGGAUACAUCAAUUUAUGCGAACCAUGCGUGACAAGGAAGGACAGGCACUAAGGAAUGGUCAUUUACUCGGUUUUUUUCGAAGAAUAUGUAAAUUACUUUUUUUUGAUAUAAAGCCUGUCUUUGUGUUUGAUGGUGGUGCACCUUCCUUGAAAAGAAACACGAUCCGUGAAAGAAGAAAACGAAGGGAAGGUAUUAAGACGAAUUUAAAAGCAACAGCCCGAAAGAUCCUAAGUGCUCAAGUCAAGUCUCGUGUUUUACUUGAACAAGAGAAAAAGCAACGCGGUGAAACGAUGGAAACAUCAAAACAAGAUUUUGUUUAUUAUGAUGAAUUACAGCAGUCAGCAGUAGAAGCCCUCCAAAAAAAACGAAAACUUGAUCAGUUUGAAUUGCCCAAUUUGGAGAAAAAAGAAUUUGAUUCACGAUUACAGCAGCUUGAUCCAAGAUUUGCUACAGCUGAUGAAAUUAAAGAUUUUGUUCAAGAAUUUAAACCUUCUGACCUAGAUAUUGACUCGGAAGCUUUUCUAGCAUUACCACCAGAAGUACAGUAUGAAGUUAUUCAAGACCUAAUGUGGAAAUCACGUUCUACAUCUUGGGCUCGUUUAGACCAAAUGGUUCGCAAUUCAGAAACAGCACUUGAUUUUUCUAAACAACAGAUCAAACUGCUAAAGCAUAGAAAUGCUAUGACGCAGCGCCUAAUGCAAGCUAGUACAAUGCAAAGUGGAGCCCCUGUUGAGCCUGUCAGAAUUGCAGGUGAACGUGGAAGACAAUACAUGCUAUAUAAAAAUGAAAAUAUACAAGAAGGACUUGGUUGGAAAUUGCCAGGUCUAAGUGCAGCACAACCUGUUGAAAUAGAUACGCCAUCAAAAAGAGCAGAACCUAAGCUAGAAGUUCCUUUGAGACACGAAGUAUCAAACUCCAUCCCAACCAAGACAAAAGAACCAGAAGAUAAGGUGGCUGCUGCUUUGUCUUCUAACCCAAAACUCGCUGGGCUUUUUGAUGAUCUGCUUAGUGAUGACGAUAAAGAAGAGGAAGAAUUUGAACAAGUGGACACUACAAUGCAUGAUGAUAACAGUAUAGACAAAGACGAGCCAUUAUUCAUGUCGAAUGCAAAUCAGAAUAACAAGCUUGUUGAUGAUAUGGACGUUUACGUGCUUGAGAAUGAUGAUGAAGCAUUAGAUAAAGUUAUCUCUCGUAUAUAUGAUCAAGACGAGGCUGUCAUGGAUGAUCAGCAACAGCAGAAAGAAGAUGUUGCUUUGUCUCUUAAUUCUGAAGAUUUGUAUGAAUUAUGGCUCUCUCGUGUGCCUGAUGCAUUUAUUUAUCUUUUCUCGUUUAAUGAUGAAUACAAAAAGAUGAUUCGAAGGGCUAUUGAAGAAUCAAAUCUUGAAAAGAUUAAUGAAGAUUUACAGGAUGUUCGAAAGCAGUUUUCAAGAACAAGCGACAACGAUGAAUUAGCAUUGGAAGCAUUGCAAUUUCAAGAAUCGUUUUUGGAAUGUGUACAAAAGUGGAAAGCUCGGCAAUUGACUGCAACAGAAACAUUUGACACUUAUUCAAGUCAUGAAGAUGCAGGCAGUAUUAAAUUACUUUCUGAUACUGAAGAUCUACAAGACAACAUUAUUUUGGACGACGAUGAAGAAGAAGAAGAUAUCCAUUUUGUAGAAAUAGAAAGUAACGAUGCAAAUCAAGAUAAGCCUAUAGACAGCACAAAGAAUCGAGCACACAUACAAAUCGAUAUGGACAAAUCUCUGUUAAGAGCAGAUAAAAAACCAAUUAGCAAUGAAAUAAUGGCUAAAAACAAUGACAAUGUUCAACAAGAGAUUAUUCCUGUCUAUGAUAAAAAAGAAAGCGAACUGCCUAAUCAAUCCAAAGAACAAGUAGCUGCAGAUAGCAAAGAAAAGCAAGCGAUUGAUAGUCAUGAAGAAGAACAAAUUAUAAGUAAUGAUGACAGCACACUUGUCAAGCAGCAAACAUUUGAUAAUAGAAACGAAGAAGUCAUGAUUAACAAUCAAGAAGAAGCAGACCAAAUUUAUAUGGACAUGGUUACAGAACAUCAAAUUGCAAACACAAGUUAUGAACCAGCCAAAGAACAUCAUGGCUACAAUUCAGAAGACGAACUGGAAGAGAGUUUUGGGGGUGAACACGAUGAAUUUGCACGAUUUGUAUCCGAUAUCGCUUCUAAGAAUCUAGACGAUAUCCGGAGCGAACUUUAUCGUGAUAUGAAAGAAUUAAACAAGCAAAAAAGAAAAGAAAUGGGUAACUCGGAUGAUGUGACAGACCAAAUGGUUCAAGAUAUUCAGGAACUUCUCAAGUUAUUUGGUAUUCCCUAUAUUGUAUCUCCUAUGGAAGCAGAAGCUCAAUGCGCAGAACUGGAGCGAUUAUCAUUAGUAGACGGUACCAUCACGGAUGACUCUGAUGUGUUUUUAUUUGGUGCUUUGCAUGUUUAUAAAAACAUGUUCAACCAGCAGAAAUAUGUAGAAUGCUAUAUUAGUCAUGAUAUUGAGCGAAACAUGCUGUUGACAAGACAAAAACUGAUUCAAUUGGCAUUUCUGCUGGGAAGUGAUUAUACAGAAGGCAUUCCUGGCGUGGGUCCUGUAGCUGCCAUGGAAAUUUUGUCCGAGUUUUCUCAAGAAGAUGAAGAACUGGAGACUCCUCUUGAACGAUUCAAAGACUGGUAUUUGAAUGGCGAAGAUACAACCCCUUUUCAAAAGAAAUUUAGAAAACGACAUAAUACAUUGGAUAUUCCAAGCAAUUUCCCUGAUCCAUUGGUUAAAAAUGCUUAUUAUCAUCCUACAGUAGAUCAUUCCACACAAAAAUUUGAAUGGGGACAACCGCAAUUGGAUUCUUUGCGUAUCUUUUUAAUGGAAGCAUUCGGCUGGCCCGAGAAAAAAGCAGAUGAAGUUUUGUUGCCAGUUCUGCGUGAAAUGAAUAGCCGAAAAGUAUGUAUUGCAACAGGAGAACAAAGUACAAUUGGGUCCUUCUUUAAUACCACAAGUACACUAUCAUCUGGCUCUAAUGAGAAGAAGCAUUCCAGUAAAAGAGUACAGAGCAUAGUCGAUAAUUGGCGUAAACAAAAAAAGUCAAAGAAAUAAAAUUAUGCAGAGUUUAAAAGGGGAUAAAGAACGAUGACAAUCUGGUCGAUUCUGAUUGGACCAUAUACGGCCCUUAAAAGGUAUCCAAUCAAUGCGUCACUGUUAUUCUAUGACCACUUCCGUAAGGCAAUACAUAAUUAGCUAUGUACAAUAAGAAUAGCGGUUGUAUUCUUCUAUCAUUAACUCAAGAGAGUCUAUGUUUUGCUAUAAAACGCGAGUUUUCUUUGAUGUCUAUAUACAAAUUGGAUCUUUAAACGCGACUUGGAUUGAUCCAAUCGUCGGUGUUUCUAUCGAUUUGUUGUUGAGUAUUC